GGUGUCGUACACGACAAGCAUCAAUUAAUUCAACCAUUGUAUUCACUGUUAUAUCUUUAUGUAAUAUACAUUUAUUAAUAUUUGUUCAAGGUGAUGAUCAUAUUAAAAAUUUAAAUAAUCUCAAUUCUACACUCUCCACUGUUAAUCCAUUCCAAUAUCAACGAUGUUAUUUACAUCCAAGUUAUGUACACUUUUUCGAACAAAUCUAUACAUGGAUUGAUAUGUUUCUUGUUACAAUAAUCCCUUUUAUAUUUAUUAUUUUAUGUAAUUUAACUGUUAUUAAUCGUGUUUUUCUUGUAUCUGGUCCGGGUAACAAAAGUGAAGUCGUUAGCCGUUCCAAAGCAACAAAUCGUUUACGUUCAUUAUGUUUAAUAAUGAUAUGUUCAUCAUUUGUAUUUGUUGCAACAACUUUACCAGUAACUGCAUUUAUUAUUGAUUUACUUUCACAUAAAGCAUCAAUUGAUGUAAUGCGUUGUCGACGUAUACAAUGGACAAUCUAUAAUAUUUUAAUGUAUUUUAAUUAUGCAAGUAUUCUUAGUUAUUGUUUAUCCGGUACAGAAUUUCGUCAUACACUAAUUAAAACAACAGGUUUUCAAGGAAAACCAAGUUUAGCAACAAUGCUACAUACUGAUGUAAUAAAUGCUGUUAAUCAACGUAUAACAUCAACACCUCAACAAUUACGUCAAGCAUUUGUAGACUAUCAAGAUCAAAAACGUUUUCGUUCAUCAUCUGCCAGUGUGUCACCAGCUAUUAGUCAUAGAAAAAAUCAACAUCCAAUGAAAACAACAGCAUUACAUGCAAAAUAUUUACAAAUUCAACAGCCAAAUCAUCAGGGUCGUUAUAGAAAUUCUUGUACAAGUCAAACAAAUGGUCUAGGCGUUACAAGCAUAUCAAGUCACAGUUUUCGAAAUACAGAAGGUGGACUAAGCUAUGCAGCUAAUAGUCAAAAUGACAUAUCUUAUGUUGCUGAUGAUAAAAAUUCUACUGUACAACGCAAAGUUAGUUUUAAUGAUAUGAAUCAAUAA